AUGUUGGAAAAUUUGACGGAAGAGCAAGAAACGGAGCUCAUGGCAUGGAUUGAAAAUUUCAAAUUAUCUCGACCUUCGAAAAGACUCGGGAGAGAUUUUUCCGACGGCGUUUUGUUAGCUGAAAUUCUCAAACAAAUUUUUCCAAAAAUGGUUGAUCUUCAUAAUUAUCCAAGUUGCAGCGGAUUUCAACAAAAAUGUGACAAUUGGAAGACUUUAGAACGCAAAAUUUUGUCGAAAAUUAAUGUUUUAUUGAGUGACGCGACAAUUUUCAAGCUGGCAGAAGCAAAUACUGACACAGUGAAGGCAGUUUUGUAUGAAACAAUGAAGAAAAGUCAAGUUGCUGUUACGGCAAAAGCAAGUAAUAUGAGUCGGGAUAGCGAAAUUUCACAAACUUCUGAAAUAAUUACCAUCAACAUGGAACAACGAAUUGGCGAUCAUGUCGAAGUAACUCCCCAAAAGCUCAUUUUCUACAAUUUGUACGAAAAACUCGAACAAGUAAUGACCGAAAAGUGUCAACUAAUUAAAAUUCUACAGCAGAAAAAUGCCCAUCUCGAAAGUUUACUUCAGCUUAAAAACGCAAGAAUCGCCGAUCUCGAAGAACGUUUGAACAAAAAGGAAAUUUUGGAACAAAUUGUCAACGAUGAACUCGAAUAA